AUGAAGUACUCUGCGGUAAUUGCUCUGGCUCUCGGCCUCACUGCCGACGCACAUACCAUCUUCCAGAAAGUGUCCGUGAAUGGCGCAGACCAGGGCUCCCUCGUCGCCCUCCGCGCGCCGACCAACAACAACCCCGUCUACGACGUGACCUCACAAGACAUCGUCUGCCAGCAGUCGGGCAGCACGUCGUCGUCCGUCAUCAGCGCGAACCCGGGCGACAAGAUCGGGGCGUGGUUCCAGCACGUGAUCGGCGGCGCGCAGUUCCCCAACGACGCGGACAACCCGAUCGCCAAGUCGCACAAGGGGCCGGUGACGGCGUGGCUGGCCAAGGUGGACAACGCGGCGACGGCGCCCAAGACGGGGCAGUCCUGGUUCAAGAUCUGGGAGGACACGUUCGACACGUCGUCCAAGAAGUGGGGCGUGGACCACCUCAUCGACCAAAACGGCUGGGCGUACUUCAACCUGCCGGCCUGCGUCGCCCCCGGCGACUACCUGCUGCGCGUCGAGAUCCUGGCGCUGCACUCGGCCACCCAGAGCAUGGGCGCCCAGUUCUACAUGAGCUGCGCCCAGAUCCGCGUCGGCGGCAGCGGCAGCGGCAACUUCAGCCCCAAGUCUACCGUCUCGUUCCCUGGCGCCUACAAGCAGAAUGACCCUAGCAUCCUGACCAGCAUCUACGGCACGACGGGCCAGCCGGACAAUGGUGGCAAGGCGUACGCGGCGCCGGGCAACGUGCCGGUUGCUAAAUGCUAG